GUGGCUUUGUUUUACGUAAAAAUAAAACCGCAAUUUGUCGCUUCGCCGUCACAUUUGAAUUUGUCACGAUUUUUUUCAAUAAUUUUUUAACAGCUUUUCCGAUAUUUUUUAUAUAAAUAUUAUUACAGCUAAAAUAAAAUAAUGUCCGAGGUACCUCACACUGAAACUCCUAAAAUGAAGUGCCCUUAUGUACAACAGCAGAGUGAUAAAGUGAUAGAAGUGGACUUCACAGGCAGCAGCAGACACUUAAAUAGGAUCUCCCUGUCUCCCGAAGAAAUAAAACAUAUCCAAGCGACCAAUUAUAAUCCAGAAAUCCCCGCUGCCCCUCAGGACAAAAAGGAACAAUCUGAAUUGAUCCUCACGGAAGAAAGUACGUUUAAUUUACAGCCAGCAGAAGAAAAGCCCAAAUUUGAUAUGAGCAAAUAUCAACUUACCCCAAACGACAGUAACGACCCCAGUUACACCAAUCUGAAGCUACCUUAUAGCGUGAUAUGUAGACAAAGGUACAUAAACGCCGGCAAAAAGAUGAGGGCUCAAUUUAUCAAGGAAAUUAAGGCUCACGAGUUGCUACGGACCAGAGCUUUGGACGGGGUCCGGAUCCAUAGGGAAUUUUGUAACCCUAUUAUAUCAAAGAUCGAUAAGAAGGAACUAAUAACCCUUACCCCAAAGCAGCAGGAGAGGAUUGAGUAUAUUUUGAACAAUGAUUAUUUUUAAAUUCACUAUUGAAGUUAUUAUAUGAUUUAAUAAAAUGAUUUGAAUGGA